AUGGAUGUUCUCGGGCGUUUGCAGUCUGAGCCCCUGCAGAACACGGUAACUAAUUUGAUGUACUUUUCUUUGACAGGUGGGAUAUUCGAGUCCAUUGAAAGCGGACCAUCGGGUGCUGAGGAGCUAGCCUUUAAAUUUGCUUUAAACACAAUCAACAGGAACAGAACCCUACUGCCAAACACCACACUCACGUACGACAUCCAGCGGAUAAACAUCUAUGACAGCUUUGAAGCCUCCAGGAAAGCCUGUGACCAGCUCUCUCUGGGGGUGGCAGCCAUCUUCGGUCCCUCUCACAGCUCCUCCGCCAACGCAGUCCAGUCCAUUUGCAAUGCUCUCGGGGUCCCACACAUCCAAACCAAGUGGAAGCAUCAAGUAUCAGACAACCGGGAUGUGUUCUACGUCAGCCUCUUCCCGGACUUCUCCUCCCUCAGCCGGGCCAUCUUGGACCUAGUCCACUUCUUCAAGUGGAAGACAGUCACGGUGGUUUAUGAUGACAGCACAGGUAAGACUAAAAAAACAACAAAAUCUGGUCUGAUUCGGUUGCAAGAACUGAUCAAAGCACCGUCCCGGUACAAUAUCCGCCUAAAGAUCCGACAGCUGCCCGCGGAGACCAAGGAUGCCAAGCCCCUUUUAAAAGAAAUGAAAAGAGGAAAAGAGUUUCACAUCAUCUUUGACUGUGGCCAUGAGAUGGCUGCUGGGAUCCUGAAGCAGCCCUUCAUCCCUGCAGUCAUCACUGGAAACGUGAGGUCACUGGCAAAUGAAGUGGACGAACCAGAAGCGCUCACCUGGACACAGAGAGAGUUCAGUAUCAUGUGCUUCACAGAAACGUGGCUGCACGAGCAGAUACGUCCAUCCUCCAACGUCACCAUUCCCGCCUUCCAGGCGGUUCGAGCCGACAGGGACACCACCGCGACCGAUAAGGAGAAG